CAGCCAUUUUGUCAGUCGCCAGCGGAUCCCGCGCGCUGCAGAAGUGCAGUUCCCCCUGGUUACCAAGUCGUCGGUUCUUCCUUGGCGCUGCGGGCGCCCUCGAAGAGCGCCCACCAAAGGCGUAGGCGUUCCUCCUCCAAGUGUUGCCACUGCUGUUGCAGCUACACGGAGCCAGAGCGCUGUCUGCCUUUCCCUACCGCUGACAGGCGCCCUAAGGGCGCUGCCAUCCGCGAUGUCAAGCGAGGAAAGCUAUCGGGCCAUCCUGCGCUAUUUGACGAACGAACGUGAGCCUUAUGCACCGGGCACCGAGGGCAAUGUCAAGCGUAAAAUCCGCAAGGCUGCCGCCUGCUACGUCGUGCGCGGCGGGACUCUGUACUACCAGCGGCGGCAGCGGCACCGCAAGACGUUUGCCGAGUUGGAGGUAGUGCUGCAGCCGGAGCGUCGCCAGGGCCUCAUAGAGGCGGCACACCUGGGCCCUGGAGGCACUCACCACACCCGACAUCAGACCUGGCAUGACCUGUCCAAGACGUACUGGUGGCGAGGUAUUCUAAAGCAAGUUAAAGAUUACAUAAAACAGUGUAGCAAAUGCCAGGAGAAGCUUGAUCGCUCCCGUCCAAUAUCAGAUGCUUCAGAAAUGUUGGAAGAAUUGGGAUUGGACCUUGAAUCUGGAGAAGAAAGUAAUGAAUCAGAGGAUGACCUGAGCAACUUCACUUCACCUCCAACCACAGCCUCCAAGUCUUCAAAAAAGAAGCCAGUAUCGAAACAUGAACUUGUAUUUGUUGACACCAAAGGAGUGGUAAAACGUUCUUCUCCAAAACAUUGCCAGGCCGUUUUGAAACAGCUGAAUGAACAGAGGCUUUCCAACCAGUUCUGUGAUGUUACAUUGUUAAUUGAAGGGGAAGAGUACAAAGCUCAUAAGUCUGUUCUGUCAGCAAACAGUGAAUAUUUUCGAGAUCUUUUUAUUGAGAAGGGAGCUGUUUCUAGUCAUGAGGCGGUCGUGGAUCUUUCUGGUUUUUGUAAAGCAAGCUUCCUUCCUUUGCUGGAAUUUGCCUACACCUCUGUACUGAGUUUUGACUUUUGCAGCAUGGCUGAUGUAGCUAUCUUAGCUCGCCAUCUCUUCAUGUCAGAAGUUUUAGAAAUCUGUGAAAGUGUGCAUAAACUAAUGGAAGAAAAGCAGCUAACAGUGUAUAAGAAAGGUGAAGUACAAACGGUCGCAUCUACUCAGGACUUACCAGCACACAAUGGAACUACAGCGCCACCUGUGGUUAGGAAUGAAGCAACCACAGCUUUGUCAAGUGAACUUGGACAUUGUGAAAUUGUACUGCUGGUAAAUGGAGAAUUGCCAGAAACAGAACAGAGUGGGGAGCCAGGACAGCAGCCUCUGCCCCAGGUUUCUCCAGAGGCUGAAGCUAGUGUGUCCCCUGUAGAGUGUAUAACUAAUCCCCAUUCUGAAAUAGGAACUGCUAGCUUAGAAACAAAUACCAACCAAACAGAAACAGAGGCUGCAGUCAUCAGAGAAGAUGACACAAGUGAUAGUGAUCAUCAUAAAAUUUCAAAAGAGAAUGUAAUGAGUACUUCUCAAGAGGACAGUAAUAUAGAAAGUGACACACCGCCUGGGGACACCAGUGCCAAAGGCUUCCCAGAUGAGAGUCAGAGCCCUGACCAGCCCUUGAAAGAUCAGGAAGCUCUAAUUGAGACCACAGAAAAGACAGACUCAGGCCCAGAUGAUGAUACUUACAGAAGUAGGCUUAGGCAGCGGUCUGUUAAUGAAGGGGGCUACAUCCGGCUACACAAGGGCAUGGAGAAAAAGUUACAGAAGCGGAAAGCCAUUUCUAAGUCGGCAGUUCAGCAGGUGGCCCAGAAAUUAGUUCAAAGAGGGAAAAAGAUGAAACAACCCAAAAGGGAUGCUAAGGAGAACCCUGAAGAGACGUCUCAUAAAUGUGGGGAAUGUGGAAUGGUUUUUCAAAGACGAUAUGCCUUUAUAAUGCACACAUUGAAACAUGAAAGAGCCAGAGAUUACAAGUGCCCGUUAUGUAAAAAACAGUUUCAGUAUAGUGCCUCAUUGCGAGCACACCUUAUACGACAUACGAGAAAAGAUUCACCCAGUUCAUCUUCAUCCAAUUCCGCAUCUAAUGAGGCAUCAGGAACAUCUUCUGAGAAGGGAAGAACCAAAAGAGAAUUUAUAUGUUCCAUAUGUGGAAGGACGUUACCUAAAUUAUACUCUCUCCGAAUACACAUGCUGAAGCACACAGGUGUAAAGCCACAUGCCUGCCAGGUCUGUGGAAAAACUUUUAUCUAUAAGCAUGGUCUAAAAUUACAUCAGAGUCUCCAUCAGUCACAAAAGCAGUUCCAGUGUGAGCUGUGUGUCAAGUCAUUUGUUACCAAACGGAGUCUUCAGGAACAUAUGAGUAUUCACACAGGAGAGUCCAAGUACUUUUGCUCAGUUUGUGGAAAGUCUUUUCACAGGGGCUCUGGACUUAGCAAGCACCUUAAGAAACACCAGCCAAAGCCUGAAGUUCGAGGCUAUCAUUGUACUCAGCUCCGUAUGGACAAAGUCUGGCAGUGGUUUCAGCUUCUCAUCCUCUCAACUUCCAAAUUGUCAAGAUUCUUUUCUGGUAGUUCCUGUAAAAGUCCCGAGUUUCACUCUGAUUGGAUCAAAUGUGAAAAAAGUUUCUUUGAAGCUAGAGAUCUGCGCCAGCAUAUGAACAAGCAUCUCGGUGUGAAGCCCUUCCAGUGCCAGUUUUGUGACAAGUGCUACAGCUGGAAGAAGGACUGGUACUCUCAUGUGAAGUCCCAUUCCGUCACAGAGCCGUACCGGUGUAAUAUAUGCGGCAAAGAAUUUUAUGAGAAAGCUUUAUUCAGAAGACACGUAAAGAAAGCCACCCAUGGGAAGAAGGGACGGGCAAAGCAGAACCUGGAGCGUGUGUGUGAUCAGUGUGGAAGAAAAUUCACUCAGCUGAGAGAGUACAGAAGACACAUGAACAACCAUGAAGGAGUUAAGCCCUUUGAGUGCUUAACCUGUGGAGUAGCUUGGGCUGAUGCCAGAUCACUGAAACGUCACGUGCGAACACAUACUGGCGAGCGGCCCUAUGUGUGUCCUGUGUGUAGUGAGGCCUACAUAGACGCGCGCACCCUCCGUAAGCAUAUGACUAAAUUCCACAGAGACUAUGUGCCUUGCAAAAUUAUGCUGGAAAAAGACACUCUGCAGUUUCAUAACCAGGGAACUCAAGUGGAGCAUGCUGUCAGCAUCUUAACUGCAGACAUGCAGGAACAGGAAAGCAGUGGGCCUCAAGAACUCGAGACUGUGGUGGUGACAGGAGAAACCAUGGAAGUUCUGGAAGCCGUGGCAGCUACUGAAGAGUGUCCAUCAGUGUCUACCCUCUCUGACCAAAGUAUUAUGCAAGUCGUCAACUACGUGUUGGCGCAGCAGCAGGGACAGAAGCUGUCUGAAGUUGCAGAAGCCAUUCAGACUGUUGAAGUAGAAGUUGCACACAUGCCGGAAGCAGAGCAAGUAAUUGGCCAUGAGAAAAGAGUACUGUUACUAAACACUGUUGAUGGAAAGCUUCUGCUUGAUAACAUUGGACUAUAAAUGGAAACAAAAAACUGAUUCUUUUGCUGAAGAAUGAACAAGUUAACGAAGAAGUUAAGUUUGGUAUGUUUUAGCUUUUGUAUCAUGUUUGUUUAAAUUUGUUGAAAAACUACGUCUAUAGUGGCAAUAUGGAUGCUAUAUAAUUGUUAGAUAAUUUCAGAAUAUUGAAAAUUCUUAUUGCAGCCCUCAUUAUACUAUGUUACAUAAAAAAUUGAUUAUGAUACUAUUUGCUGAAAGUAUUUUGAAAGUUACCUUAAGAGUAAAUUAUAUUCAUGUGUUUGAUUUUUUAUUUUAUUUUUUUAAUUUCUCACCUUUCCGAGUUGUCAGAUUCAAUUUUUGAAAAUAACUAUGGGGAGAUGGCCACAUUUCUCUCUAGAAAACUAUCAUUCAAGCUAUAAUUGUUAAAAUUAAGCUUUUAGGUUAUAGAGGCUUUCUUAAAAUAUAAAAUUAAGAUAUAAACAAUCAUAUGUAAAUCAUUCCUAAAGCACAAGAAAUGAAUGUGCCUUGAUGUACAUAUAUAAUAUUAAGAUGCUUACUCCAGUUGACUUUCAAAAUGGCUUUAAGGUUAAGGAGUAAGUAUAAUAGCCCUGCAUGCAUUCCCUUGCAUAUGUGAUGUGUGCGUUUGCAAAUGGGUUACUUUAAUAGCUGUGUGGCUUUCAGUUCUAAAGUGAAUCUAUAUACAGACCACAACUUCAUGUAGACGAUUCACUGGUCAUGUCCAUCAGUUAGUGAAAAAGUAUUUCAUUGUAAUUAAAAUUUGAAAUUGUCUUUUAUGUUCCAUUUUCACCAUUGUUAGAUUUGGUUAAACGUAUAAGAUCAUUCAUGUAUGUCAGAAAUAUGUAAAUAAAAGAGGUUCAGUCUUGUUAAAAGCAA